AUGUCCUUAACGGUUAAGCAUCUGAAUUCAGAUGCCUCAUUCCUCCUCUCCUUCCAACCUAUCUCCAGUUUACCGCCUUCCCCAGGGGAAUCAACCAAGAUCUUCACAAUUCUCCUCGAUCCUUGGAUCUCUGGACCCUCGACAAUAUGGCAUUCCAAGUUUUCGAUCUCGCGGCAAAAAGCAAGUCCAUGUAUCUCAUCUCUGGCCGAGAUUCCCGAGCCAGAUCUCGCGAUUAUAAGCCAGUCCAAGAGUGAUCACUGUCACAAGGAAACUCUCACACAACUACCCCGAAGUGGUGGGAAGACCAUCAUCCUUGCAGAACCAGCCGCCGCCAAGAUUAUCAGAAGAUGGAAGCACUUCGACGACGACAAAGUAGUCACACUCCCAAAAUGGGAAGACCCUCGACUUCGGAGACCAUCCACUAUCCACAGAAUACCCAUCGAACGUCUCAGUCCGAAUGGGAAAAUGGGCGAGGUUACAAUCGCCUAUCUGCCACAAAAGGGGGAUCUCACAGGACUGCAUAGCGCAAUAGGCAUUACAUACCGACCGCCAACUUUGAGCCUCGAUACACUUCCCUUAACGCCUCCUGAUUCCCCAGGCUCCUGCCAGUCAAUAUUCCCAAGCCCUGCUACUGAGCGAGCAUUGUCUGUCAUCUACUCCCCACACGGCUGCAGCUACAAAACCCUUUCGCCCUAUAUCACAUCCCACCUCAUCUCAGAAGCCGCAUUACCGCUCACAGCGCUAUUGCACUGCUUCGACCGAGUCACCAACUCCUGGUACCUAGGAGGCAACAUCUGCAGCGGUUUCCCCGGAGGGCUGGAAAUCGCGCAGAAUCUUUGUGCAAGAGCGUGGAUUAGUGCGCAUGACGGCGAUAAGGAGACGAGAGGGGUAGCUACGACCAAUAUUGUUAUCCAGAAGUAUGACAAGGAGCAUGUGGAGAGCGUUGUCAGCCCAAAAAGUGAGAAGUUCCCAAACCGGAGGAUGGGGACGGAAGCAGUGGUUUUGGAGAUUGGAGAAGAGAAGUAUUUGAGUCAUGCUAUGGCUUUUUGA